AUGAGUAAUGAAUAUAGAAAUAAAAUAGAAAGCUGUUGUUUAGAAAUUGGAUAAGAUAUAGAGGUAAAUAUGAUUAAUAAAUAUUAAAAUAGUGUUGUUUCAAGGGAAUUGAUAAUUAUCUUGAUUAAAUAUUAAAAGAAAGUUAAAAUUCAAAAUCAGAUUCAAGAGCUUCGUAAUUAAAUAUCUAAUUACCUAAUUUCUCAUUAUUAAAUAUAAAUAAUCAAUCAUUUCCUAAUUAAAUGGCUUAAUAAGUAACAUCUUUAAUUAAAACAACUAUUGAUAAUCAAUUUAAAAACAAAGAUCAAUCAUUUAAUUAAUAACUUAACAAAUCAAAUAAUUUAUAACCAUUCACUUAUAAUUUGAUUUCAAAUAAUUCAAUUAAAUAAGAUAAUUAUUGUUAUGCUAUAGCUAUAAAUAAAGAUAAUUCAAUUGUGAUAGCAGGAUGUGAUAAAUAGAUCAAAGUAUUUGAAUUCAAAUAAGAAUAGUUGAAAUAAACUCAACUUUUAACUGAACAUUCGUCUAAUGUUUAUACUUUAAAUUUUAUGAAGAAAUCCAAUUAAUUUAUAUCAGGAAGUUAUGAUAAUUCUAUUAUAAUAUGGUCUAUGAAUUUAAAUAAUUAAUGGAUUUGCAAAUAAAAAUUAAAUGGACAUUCAAAUGGUAUUUUAUGUUUAAUAUUGAACAAUAAUGAAGAUAUU